UGAGGUUGGCCUGCCCAGGUGGCCUGGCCACGCCCCCCUUCCAGUUCUUGAAGAUGGAAAAGAUGCUGGUGGGCUGCUUUCUGCUGCUCCUCGGGCAGAUCCUCCUCCUCCCUGCUGAGGCCAGGCAGCGGCCACGCUCCAGGUCCAUCUCCAGAGGCAGACACUCGCGGACCCACCCCCAGACGGCUCUGCUGGAGAGCUCCUGUGAAAAUAAGCGGGCAGACCUGGUCUUCAUCAUUGACAGCUCCCGCAGCGUCAACACCCACGACUACGCCAAGGUCAAGGAGUUCAUCCUGGACAUCCUGCAGUUCUUGGACAUUGGCCCUGACAUCACCAGAGUGGGCCUGCUCCAAUAUGGCAGCACCGUUAAGAACGAGUUCUCCCUCAAGACCUUCAAGAGGAAGUCCGAGGUGGAGCGCGCCGUCAAGAGGAUGAGGCACCUGUCCACGGGCACCAUGACGGGGCUGGCCAUCCAGUACGCCCUGAACAUCGCUUUCUCGGAAGCAGAGGGGGCCCGGCCCCUGAGGGAGAAUGUGCCACGGGUCAUAAUGAUCGUGACGGAUGGGAGGCCCCAGGACUCCGUGGCCGAGGUGGCUGCAAAGGCACGAGACACAGGCAUCCUGAUCUUCGCCAUCGGCGUGGGCCAGGUGGACCUCAACACGCUGAAGGCCAUCGGGAGCGAGCCUCACGAGGACCACGUCUUCCUGGUGGCCAACUUCAGCCAGAUGGAGUCGCUGACCUCCGUGUUCCAGAACAAGCUGUGCAUGGCCCACAUGUGCAGCCUCCUGGAGCAUAACUGUGCCCACUUCUGCAUCAACACCCCUGGCUCGUACGUCUGCAGGUGCAAACAAGGAUACAUCCUCAACGCGGAUCAGACAACUUGCAGAAUCCAGGACCUGUGCGCGGCCGAGGACCACGGCUGCGAGCAGCUCUGUGUGAACCUGCUGGGCUCCUUCGUCUGCCAGUGCUACAGCGGCUACUCCCUGGCCGAGGACGGGAAAAGGUGUGUGGCUGUGGACUACUGCGCCUCGGAAAACCACGGAUGCGAGCACGAGUGUGUGAACGCUGAUGGCUCCUACUCUUGCCGGUGCCCUAGAGGAUUUUCUCUUAAUCCAGAUAAAAAAACGUGCACGAAGAUAGACUACUGUGCCUCACCGAAUCAUGGAUGUCAGCACGAGUGUGUGAACACGGAUGACUCCUAUUCCUGCCGCUGCCUAAAGGGCUUCACCCUGAACCCAGACCAGAAAACCUGCCGAAGGAUCAACUACUGUGCGCUGAAGAAGCCGGGCUGUGAGCACGAGUGUGUCAACACGGAGGAGGGCUACUACUGCCGCUGCCACCGGGGCUACAACCUGGACCCCAACGGCAAGACCUGCAGCCGGGUGGACCACUGCGCGGAGCAGGACCACGGCUGCGAGCAGCUGUGUCUGAACACGGAGACGUCCUUCGUGUGCCAGUGCUCGGAGGGCUUCCUCAUCAACGAGGACCUCAAGACCUGCUCGCGGGCUGACUACUGCUUGCUGAGCGACCACGGCUGCGAGUACUCCUGCGUCAACACGGACCGAUCCUUCGCCUGUCAGUGCCCCGAGGGCCACGUGCUCCGCAGUGACGGGAAGACCUGUGCCAAAUUGGACGCGUGUGCUCUGGGGGACCACGGUUGCGAGCAUUCCUGUGUGAGCAGCGGAGACUCCUUCGUGUGCCAGUGCUUUGAAGGGUAUCUGCUCCGGGAAGACGGGAAAACCUGCCGAUGGAAAGACGUCUGCCAAGCAGUAGACCACGGCUGUGAGCACAUUUGUGUGAAUAGCGGGGAGUCCUACAUCUGCAAGUGCUCGGAGGGCUUCCGGCUCGCUGAGGAUGGGAAACGCUGCAGAAGGAAGGAUGUCUGCAAGUCGACCCACCAUGGCUGCGAGCACAUUUGUGUUCAUCGUGGCGAUUCCUACAUCUGCAAAUGCUCAGAGGGAUUCAUUCUAGCUGAGGAUGGCAGACGGUGCAAGAGAUGCUCUGAAGGCCCAAUUGAUCUGGUCUUUGUGAUCGAUGGAUCCAAGAGCCUCGGAGAAGAUAAUUUUGAGAUCGUGAAGCAGUUUGUCACUGGAAUUAUAGAUUCCCUGGUGAUUUCCCCCAAAGCCGCUCGAGUGGGGCUGCUCCAGUAUUCCACGCAGGUCCGCACGGAGUUUACCCUGAGAAACUUCAGCUCGGCCAAGGACAUGAAAAAAGCCGUGGCCCACAUGAAAUACAUGGGCAAGGGCUCCAUGACGGGGCUGGCCCUGAAACACAUGUUUGAGAGGAGUUUCACGCAGGCAGAAGGGGCCAGGCCUCUCUCCGCACGGGUGCCCCGGGUGGCCAUCGUGUUCACCGACGGACGGGCUCAGGAUGAUGUCGCCGAGUGGGCCAGUAAAGCCAAGGACAGUGGUAUAACCAUGUAUGCUGUCGGGGUAGGAAAAGCCAUCGAGGAAGAACUGCAAGAGAUUGCCUCCAAGCCCACGGACAAGCAUCUCUUCUACGCCGAGGACUUCAGCACGAUGGGCGAGAUAAGUGAAAAGCUAAAGAAAGGCAUAUGUGAAGCUCUGGAAGACUCUGACGGAAGUCAGGACUCCCCAGCUGGGGAAUUGCCAAAGAGGGGUCACCAGCCAACAGAAUCUGAGCCAGUCACCAUAAAUAUCCAAGACCUACUUUCCUGUUCUAAUUUUGCAGUGCAACACAGGUAUCUGUUUGAAGAAGACAGUCUUUCACGGUCUGCACAAAAACUGUUCCAUUCCACAAAAUCUUCAGGAAGUCCUUUGGAAGACAAACCUGAUGAAUGCAAAUGUGAAAACCUCAUAAUGUUCCAGAACCUUGCAAAUGAGGAAGUAAGAAAAUUAACACAACGCUUAGAAGAAAUGACACAGAGAAUGGAAGCCCUAGAAAAUCGUCUGAGAUACAGAUGAAGAUUGGAAAUACUCUGUAUUUGUAUGUCAUUGUAUCAAGGACUACAAUGAAAGCGGUUCAGAGCCCCAAAGCUCAGGCUAUCGCUAAUUCCGUAAGGUUGUAAACAUGGUUAGUACUGAGAAAGCUGGUUCGCUAUGGCACAGAGGCAAAAAGUAGACACUAACUUGUAUAAACUUAAUGAGGAAAAAAAAUCCUUCAGAAUCCUAAAAUGAGUUUACCAAAUGAGAACACAUAAGCUAUGCAAGAUACUCUGUAACAUACUGUGGACAUGAUCUGCUUUUGCCCCAUCCUCCCUUAGAAUGUUGCAAUUGCAUUGGACUACCAAGUAAAGUUUGCACGGUCUUACUGCUGUAGAACACUGGCCAUAGGAAAAGCUAUUUUUUGUAUUGGACUUUACCUUGAUAUAUGUAUAUGGACGUAUGCAUAAAAUCAUAGGACAUGUACUUGUGUAACAAGUUGUUUUUUUAAUACAAUAUUAAAAUUCACUUCAGAGAUGGCA